AUGCUCGUCAUGAGCCUUAUGAACGCGAAGAUGGCGUUCGCACUUGCCGUGCUGUUGGGAUUAUGUGUGAUUGCAGAGUUUGCAAUGGCGCAAAGCCAAUACGCAAACCCUAUGAACCAUGCCAUGAUCCGCCGCGCCUCUCUACGCAAGAACCACAAUAGUCAUUCGAGCCAUCUUCACAGCGCACAAACGCACAGCAGCCACAGCAAGUCUACGCACAGCAGCGCCAGCAGCGCCAGCAAGAGUGCUCGCAGUAAGGCUUCUCACAGUGCCAGUAACAGCAAGUCCAAACACAGUGUGAGCCACAGCAAGAGCAAGGCCGCUAGCGCAUCCUCUGAUGCCUCUGCUGCCCAUUCGCGCUCUGGCGAAGGCGACUACUUACUCAUUAAGACAAACGAAGGCCUUCUCCGCGGCUUCUUUAACCAAACGACGCAAGUGUACUCCUGGCAUGGAGUGCCUUAUGCCGACGAUACGAGUGGCGAGAAUCGAUUCCUCUCCCCGAAACCUGCUAAGAGCUGGCGCGGUGAGAAAGAUGCAUCCAAGCGUGGGCCCCGCUGCCCGCAACACGGCAGUUUUGGAUCUCUUUCCGCUAUCAGUCUUUUCGGUCUGAGCUCUGAGAUUUUCGAUGACAGCACCCAAAGCGAAGACUGUCUUAACGUGGACGUGUGGAUUGGAAAGAACCACUGGGAAAAAUAUAAAAACUCGAACGGCACUUCUGAAAAAGCACCCAUUUGGCUCAAUAUAUACGGCGGCUCGUACGAAUGGGGCGCAAGCAGCAUUGAGCUUUAUUAUGGAGAUGCAAUCGUCAGCCAAGACGAUGUUGUUGUCGUAAACAUUAACCAGCGCAACUGGAUUUUUGGUUACCCAAUGGCACCUCAACUGCACCCGUGGCGAAAUAGCGGCGAUGAUUACGACGGCGCGAACCCAGGCCACAAAGAUGCUGACUUGGCGAUCGAAUGGGUGUACAAGAAUGCCGAAAAAUUUGGUGGCGACCCAUCGCGCAUUACCAUUGGAGGUACGAGUACCGGCGCAUGCACAGUCGACAAUUGGGCGUACGCUCACCACAACAAGCCGUCGGCCAAGUACGUCAAUGGCAUGAUCCUUCAGUCUGGCUCGAUGACCUCGCUUGGCCGCUACUUUUUGGCGGAGGUCUCAGACGAUUUCACGGAGCCUAGUAGCCCUUGGAACAAGGUGGCGAAGCACGUCGGCUGCGGCACGGAAACCAACAAGGAACAGUUUAAAUGCAUGCAGCAGAAGAGAUGGCAGGACGUCAUGCAAGCGACGUCCGAAACCGACUCCAAGUUCUUGGUCACGGUCGACAACAAGACCGCGUUUAACGACUAUUACGACCGUCUCGAAGCCGGUAGCUACGUCAAGGCACCGAUGCUUAUUGGGAACAACAAGGACGAGGGGAACGCAUUUCUCGUCAAAGCAGCCGAUUUAUCACUUGUGGCUGGUCCUCUUAUCACGAGCGAAGUCUGGGUCUGCCCCGCAAGUGUUCAGGCCAAGGAACGUAUUGGGAAAGCGCCUACUUGGCGGUACCGUUUCAGCGCGGACAUUUACCUUCCCGACACACCGAAACAGUAUCAACAGCUCCUAGCUUUCCAUGGCAGCGACACGGCUUAUGCGUGGGGUACUUGGCCGCCGCUCCGCUUUAUUGCAUCGGACAAAACGACAAAUGACACCUUGCCUCUUGUUGACUACCCCCCCACUACAGAUAAUAAUAAGGUCCGUGCAAGGAUCAGCGAUCUGUACCGCGAGGCCAACGUUGCGUUUGUCAAGGACCCACAUAACGGCCUUACCAACUUCCAUGGGGGAUGGUCCCAAUACCAACCAACCACAGCAAGCGUCGGGGAUAUUGGCCUCCGCAACAGCGGUCAGCUCCACAUGGCAACCAGCGCGGAUCUUGAUUCGCUCUGCCCACUGACGAACAAAGAGGUGGAUCAAAACAACAUCAAGUACAAGCCCAAAUUCAGCAACAUCCGUGGCUAUAUUGUGUAG